AUGGAUGGUGGCGGUGACCGUGCUUAUAUCAGAUUACAACUUAAGUGUCUAUUCAUAGGAACUAUAAAAAGUUUGUGCAUUGAUCGCUGGGAACAUAUUGGAAAUCUUGCAGGUUGGUUCAUGUUCAUUUCUAGAACUAAUAAAAUGAACAAAUGA